CGCACCGCUUGUCAAGCCGUGCUGUGGUGGCAUCCCAUAUAAAGUAGAGGAGGAUGGGCAUGGAUAUUAGCCCAGGGCCAGUCUUCCUCAGCAAAAAAAAAAAAAAAAGAGGAAGAUUGGCAGAUGUUAGCUCAGGGCUGAUCUUCCUCACACACACAAAAAAGGAACAGAUUAAUAUUGAUAACAAUAGCUGUCACUUAUUGAGAUCCUACUGUGCACAAAGGCAUUUCUAAACCUCACAAAGAAGGUAAUAGCAGUAACCACAUUUUUUAAAGAACAAAAAAUAAGACACAUGAGAGUUAAUUGUGACAUCAAUAGGAAGCAUUAAGUCACAGAAUUAAGGUUGUUUGAGUUGAAAACCCAUGUCUUAAUCAUUAUUGCAGAGUUAUUAGAAUGAAGGAAGUAUGGAGAUUACCAAAGGAAAGACCUUCAAUGCCUUGUUUGUUUUAGAAGAGUCAUAUCAAGGAAGAAAUUGGUUUAUGUCCAUAGAUUUGAAUAAGAGAAUGAGAACCAGUGAGUAGGAGUUAAAAAGAGAGAAUGAUUUCUGCUAAAUUACAGAAUGUCUGAAUGAUUACACACACUUAAAAUGUAAGUGGGCUACCACUUGGCUGAGUGAAUAACUUACUUUGGAAAGACUCAACUGAGGGCAAAGUUUGUCCACCUAGAGGUGGAAUUAAGAGGUGCUGACUGGCUCAGUUGUCAGUUGGCUAUUCACUGAACAUUGCGUUUGCCUCCUUUUUCUGAAGACACACCAGCUAUAUGGAAUCAGGAAACCACACGGAAAUAUCAGAAUUCCUCCUCCUGGGUCUCUCAGAGGAUCCUGAACUGCAGCCCCUGCUCUUUGGACUGUUCCUGUCCAUGUACCUGGUCACUGUGGUUGGGAACCUACUCAUCAUCCUGGCCAUCAGCUCUGACUCCCACCUCCACACCCCCAUGUAUUUCUUCCUCUCCAACCUGUCUUUUGUAGACAUCUGCUUCAUCUCUACCACUGUCCUGAAGAUGCUAGUGAACAUCCAGACACAGAACAGAAAUAUCUCCUACAGAGGAUGUCUCACUCAGAUGUAUUUUUUUAUGGUUUUUGGUGGAAUGGAUAAUUGUCUCCUGACUGUGAUGGCCUAUGACCGGUUUGUGGCCAUCUGUCACCCGCUGUGCUACAUGGUUAUCAUGAACCCACGCUUCUGUGGCCUCUUGGUUCUGAUAUCUUGGGUCAUUAUUUUCUGUAUCUCCCUCCUUCAUAUUCUACUGAUGGUGCAGCUGACCUUCUGUAUAGGCACUGAAAUCCCACAUUUCUUCUGUGAACUGGCUCAGGUUCUCAAAUUAGCCUGCUCUGACACCUUCAUCAAUGACAUCUCCUUGUAUGUGGCCACUGCAUUGCUGUGCGUGUUUCCUCUGACUGGGAUACUCUUUUCCUACUCUCAAAUUGUCUCCUCCUUAAUGAGGAUGGCCUCAACUGAGGGCAGGUAUAAAGCAUUUUCCACUUGUGGGUCUCACCUCUCUGUGGUCUCCUUGUUCUAUGGGACAAGCAUGGUGGUCUACCUCAGUUCUGCUGUGACCCGUUCUUCCCAGAGAAGCUCGAUCGCCUCAGUGAUGUACACCAUAGUCACCCCCAUGCUGAACCCCUUCAUCUACAGCCUGAGGAACAAGGAUGUGAAGAGGGCCCUGGGAAGGCUCCUCAGACAAGCAACCUCUUGCCUGUGAUCAUCACUGGCCUCAGAACUAGUUGGACGUUGUGGGCCCCAAAGGCAAAUGUUGCAAACUUAAAUCUCCUGGUUAUUUUUCUCCCCUAAAACAAAUACUUGAUUUCUUCAAUUCCGAGAGCACCUAUGACUUCAAUUUUAUUUGUAUGAUGUGUUAAUUUCUCCCUAACAAUUCUCCUCAGUAAUCCGUUUUUGACUUUUCUUGCUUAUGUGCUGUCCAUUGAAGUUGCAUGUUUCGUCAGCUUUUUUGCCACAAUUCUUCAUAUUUCUAACUUUAGAUUUAAAGUAUUUAUCAUGUCAAGUGCUGACGUGGUUUCCCCCAAGA